AUGUCGGACGAACAACCGCGCAAGAAGGUCCGUCUUACCGGUCCCGACGAUUCGCCAUCCGUGUCGCUCUCAGAAGUUGCGAGCGCUGUAGCAGCACAACUGGAACAGGAGAAGAAUGCCGGAAUCACCGUCUUCGCAUCGCAAGCCGCCGGAUUCGGGGGUGUCGUCAAGAAGCGCUACACGGAUUUCCUGGUCAACGAGAUCUCCACUUCCGGCACUGUUUUCCACCUGGACGAACUGACUGGCCCUGCUGUAAAGGCUGUGAACAAGGUCGAGAAGGAGGCUCAAGCUGAAGAGAAGGAGAAGGCUGCCCAAGCUAUCAAGACCGAGACUGCUCCCGCAAAGGAAGAAGUCAAGCCAGACAAUGCAGAAAUGGACGUCAAAGAGCGCAUUGAGGAAGCCCUCGCUUCGAUUGCACCCGCCGACAUGGACAUGCUCAAGACCAUCUUUGGUGAGAAGACGACGACCGACCUCUGUAACCUUUACGCCAAAGCAGUCGCUCGCCCCGAUCGCAAGACAAGAGACCACGGCAGUAUGCAGUCAGAAGUCAUUGCGGACAAGCAGAUGCGCACCGAUGCCCACAUCAACGUCCGUCGCAUCUUUAGCGGAAGAAUCGACACCAUGACCAACGACGACAACACCAUUGCCAUCAAGGUUACUGCUGCUGCCAACAAAGCUCCCAACGCUCGCGCUCUUCCUGGCUCAAAGGGAAAGAACAGCCGUCCCAAGGGCAAGGUUGGAUGGGAUGAGCUUGGUGGUGAACAUUUGCAUUUUACUCUGUACAAGGAGAACAAGGAUACCAUGGAAGUGCUGUACUGGAUUGCUAGUCAGCUCAAGCUGCACGUCAAGAACUUCCAGUUCGCCGGAACAAAGGACCGCAGAGGUGUCACUGUUCAGCGUGUGAGUGCUUAUCGCGUCGCUGCCGACCGUCUUGCGGGUGUCAACCCUACGCUCAGACAAGCAAGACUCGGUGGUUUCAAGUACAUGCCGCAGGGUCUUGACCUGGGUGAUCUUUACGGAAACGAGUUCACCAUUACUCUCCGUGACUGCACAUUCCCCGGUCAACAGGGCGAUGCAGCAGCUCAGCUUGAGAACGCAAAGAAGAUCAUCGGUGGUGCUGUCUCGCAAUUCGAAGAACGUGGUUUCAUCAACUACUACGGGCUCCAGCGUUUCGGUACCUUUGCCAUCUCCACAGACACCAUUGGUAGAAAAAUGCUUCGUGGUGACUUGGAAAGCGCCGUAGAAGACAUCUUGUCCUUCAGUCCCGAAGCACUGGAAGCUGCCUCAAAUCCUGAUCAAGCAUCAACCAAAAUCUCAAAAGACGACAUUGCCCGCGCCGAAGCCCUGCACAUCUGGAAGACGACGAAAAAGUCUGGUGCAGCUCUCGACAAGCUACCUCGCCGUUUCCAAGCAGAGAAUGCUCUGAUCAGACACUUGGGCUGGGUGGAUCGCAAGUCUGGAGACCUACUACGCGCAAAGGAUUGGCAAGGUGCUCUUCAAAACAUCCCUCGUAAUCUCCGUCUCAUGUACGUUCACGCCUACCAAUCACUAGUCUGGAACACCGUAGCAGGACGCCGCUACCAACUCUACGGCAACAAAGUCGUCGCUGGUGAUCUCGUCCUCGUUCACGAACACAAAGACAAGGAAGCCUACGCACCCCAAGAUGAAGAAACUAUCGACGAUGCCGGCGAAAUCAUCGUCCGUCCCGCCGCCCACGACACAGCUACCUCCCUCGAAGACAAGUUCGAGCGUGCCCGCGCCUUGACUCCCGAAGAAGCAGCAAGUGGCAAAUACACAAUCUUCGACUUGGUGCUCCCCCUCCCAGGUUUCGACGUCAUGUACCCAGCAAACGAACUAGGAGCCUACUACUCCGAAUACAUGGGUAGCGAGAAAGGCGGAAAACUCAACCCUCGCGAUAUGCGCAGGAAAUGGAAGGACGUCUCACUAUCAGGAUCAUACCGCAAGAUAAUGGCUAAACCUCAAGGACUGGACUGGGAAGUCAAGCCAUACUUCCACGACGAGGAACAACUCAUCCAAACCGAUCUUGACAAGUUGAUUGCCAAGGCAAAGGAAGAGGGCAAUGCCGACGCACUAGGAGGAGCAGAAGCUCUCCUGGGCUCCGACAAGAGUCUCGAAAAGUCACUCGAGGAAAAGACAGAAGACACAGAAAUGGCAGACUCGACCGAGGGACAAGAGCAAAAAUUUGCAGUGAUCAUCAAGAUGCAAUUGGGCAGUAGUCAGUAUGCCACCAUGGCUCUUCGUGAGUUGACAAAGGGUGGAGCAGUGGCUUUCAGACCUGAUUUCCAGGGUGGAAGAUUGAGCUAG